AUGUGUUCACGGGUGCUGAGGGUCAGAGGUCAGGCAGAGGACAGCGGUCUGCAGGAUCGUGGCCAGUGGGCUUGUAAAGCUGAAUUUCUCCUGGCUGUUGCAGGACAGAUUAUCGGUCUGGGUAACGUGUGGCGAUUCCUAUAUCUGUGUUACAAGAAUGGAGGAGGUGUGUUCUUCGUGCCAUAUCUGUUGUUCCUGGUAGUGAGUGGCAUUCCUCUCUUCCUUUUGGAGACUGCACUGGGUCAGUACACCAGUUUGGGAGGAGUCAGCGCCUGGAUGAAAAUCUGCCCUCUGUUUGCAGGUCUGGGUUUCGCCAGUCAGAUCAUGAUCUUACACAGUUGUGUGUAUUAUAUUGUUAUUCUGGCCUGGGCAUUUUUCUACCUGUGCAGCAGCUUCCAGACGCCGCUUCCCUGGUCGCACUGCAACAACACGUGGAAUACAGACUCCUGCAGGGGCUUUGAUCUAAACAACAUUAGUGAUCACUCUGAAAACGCCACGUCUCCAGUCAUUGAGUUUUGGGAGCGUGAGGUGUUGGACCUGUCUGCUAAUGUGGAUUGUCUGGGCUCAGUACACUGGCGUCUGGCCCUGUGUCUGCUGCUGGUGUGGUCAGUCUGCCAGUAUUUCUGUGUCUAGAAAGGAGUAAAAUCCACCGGCAAGGUAAACACUGCUCAUGAGGUGAAGGAUGGUGCCCCCUGCCUGAGAGAGGAAGUCCCUCCUGAUUUGAAUCUCCUGUGGAGAGCUGUCGAGCAGGGACACCAGGUCCGAGAACCAUACUUGGGCCCUGCCAGAACAGGGAUACUAGCAAAAAAUGGACCCACCCCAGCACUGUUUCACCUCAACAGCAGCACCAGUUUCACUGCAGGAUUUGCCAUUUUCUUUGUGCUUGGCUUCAUGGCACAGGAGCAGGCUCUGGAUAUUCCCCCCAAAAGCGUUGUCCUGGUCUGGCGGAGAAAUAUGAUGACGGCCCCCAGUCCCAUGUCGGAGGCAUCCAUCUGCAGCAGGAAGGGGCAGCUGAAGUCCGGGGCACGCAGGACCGGCUCCGAGGUGAGGGCCAUCUUCACCUUUUUGAAUGCCUCCUCCGCUUCCGGCGUCCAGCACACAUUUUCCGGCUGCCCCUUCCUGGAUGAGGCCCCUUCCGACUUUGAAGCCCAGAUGGCCCAGGUGGUCUUCCCAGCUCUCGGAGUGGAUGACCAUGUCGUCCAGGUAUGCCACGCCAUAGGCCUGGUGAGGCCGCAGCAAGAUGUCCAUCAUGCGCUGGAACGUGGCAGGAGGCCCGUGCAGGCCAAACCGGAGGGUCCGUUACUGCCAGUGCAGUUUUGUGUUCGUGUCACUUUGACCCGAAUAUUCCUCAUGAUACUCAUGUUGGGUUUGGACACUCAGUUUGUCUGUCUGGAGGCAUUGAUAAUGUCUGUGUCAGAUCUGUAUCCCUCGCUCAUCCGCAGACGUCACCGGCGUGAGAUUCUUCUCCUGCUUAUAUGUUCGGUCUGUUUCCUGAUCGGACUUCUGAUGGUGACACCGGGAGGCCUGUAUGUAUUUCAGAUCUAUGAUCAUUUCUACUGCAGUGGAGCCAGUCUACUGCUGCUGUCUGUCUUUCAGUCUGUGGCCAUUGGAUGGAUUUACGGUGCGGAUCGCUUCAGUAAUAAUAUUAAGGCCAUGAUCGGUUACCAGCCGCUCUGCAUCUUCAGGCUGUGCUGGCGUUACCUGACUCCCGCCAUGUGCAUUGGCACGUUCGGGUUCUCGCUCAUGUUCUGGUCUCCUCUCACCCUCGCCAAUGGUGUGAUAGCCUCUGGAUGGGCCAUGGCGAUGGGCUGGAUGCUGACGCUGUCCUCUGUGUCUCUUCUGCCUCUCUGCGCCAUAUACAACCUCAUGAACACUCCGGGAACCCUUCAACGGCGUUUCUGUCUGCUCUGCCGCCCCGCACAGGACUCCAUGCUGACAGACGAGCACCUUUACACUGGUACGCAUUUGACCUUUGAUCUUGGCACAAAGAAGCCCAAAGAUCCAAUUAAGGACAUGGUGUAACUGAGUGAAACUGAACAGAUCUGAUCUAAAGAGCUUUGAUAUGAGACUGUAGUGAAAUGUUGAAGACUCUAAGGUAAAAGAAACUCUUUAUUUGUGGCCAGCAGCUUAAUAAAAUGCAAUUAAAGCUUAUCUCCCAUGUUAAUGUAAGAGUAUACUAUGUGUUCUUUGUAUAUACAUCCUCUAAAUGCAUGAAAUAUCGGGAUGACCUACUACUUUUGCAUCAGUCAAUACACUUGACCUUCCAUUUUCAGUGCAAAUGAACCAGCUGAACAACUUUUUUUCUUGGCUCAGACUGCAAUGGAACAUAUUUCUAAACUUGGAUUCAGAAAUGGUUUUACUUUUGUUCUAAAAUUUUAUUUAAAAAAUUAUUGUUUUGUUAUGUACACUAAGCAGUACACUAGUAGUCCAAAUGUGAUAUAUAGGUUAGUUCUCUCUUGUAAACUGUGUUUGUUCAUCCAUUGCAAAUGAUUAUGCUGCGCUGUUGCUUUCCAUUUGACCUCUCAUAUUACUGAUGCUGGAAACUUGUAGUGCCUGGUUUUGAUAUGCUAGUCAUAGUUAGUCAGCCCAGGAUAUGUUCAUAAAUCAGAUCUUUACUGGCAUGAUGACUCUUUUGAGUGUUUGCUC